UCCUUCCUUGUUUGUAGGACUAUAACCUACUAUUCCACUAGCGUUAAAUGUAGUAGAGAACGGGCUCUGGUAGCACGCACAUUUGCAUUCACUGAUUACUGCAUUCAGCUGUUUCGUUGAACGAUCAACUGUCCAUUUGUCGAAUUAUUUAAUACUUUUACAUGUUAGGUCUGUACCUCGCGGUGAAAUGAACUAUAUUCAACUUAUUUGUGCAACGUUGACCCGUGGCGCACAUAGGCUUUGCUUUCUAGCUAGCCUGCUAGCACACUGCUUGGUAGAGGAUUUCCAGGGGAAAUAAGGAAUAUGGUAGCGAACUCACCAUCCCCUCUCCCAGAAAGGGCCAUCUAUGGAUAUGUGCUUUUCUUGGGCUCACAGUUUGGAUUUUUUUUGUAUUUAGUGUGGGCAUACGUUCCAGAAGCUUGGCUCCAUUCAGUUGGAUUAACAUACUGGCCCCAGAAGUACUGGGCACUUGCUGUGCCAGUUUAUCUCCUGGUUGGUUUGACAUUCUCUUUAAUCCUUUUGUUUGGGAUCAACAUGAUAAACACAGCUCCACUCUGUUCAGUUGAUAACAUCACAGAUUCCUAUGCCAAAGGUCAACAAAAAGACUGCUGUUCAAGAGGAUCUACACCAAGACUGAAGGAUGUGUCCAUUAGUGAAAUAAACCUGUCAUCCUUCUGCAUCAAGGAAAAUAAGGAGAGAGCUACAUUCAAGAAGUUGAACAUCAGGAAGGCAGCAUGGCCAUGAGAUCAGUCCUGCAAUCCAUUUUGUGGCUCAAUUGGCUGACUUCAAUACUUUACUCUAUAUAGCCAAUCACCUUCCUUAGUGCUUCAAACAAUCAUUCCUGUCUUUAAUAGGCUACCAUUCUCCAUUCGAUUCAUGAUGUGAAGCUGAGAUCCGUCUCGCAACUCCUAUAGGCAAGCUUGCCAUAGUUUAAGAUGACAAUUAUAUAAGGUUGAUAUGUUGCAAUGGCCAGAUUAAGCAAUUUGUAACGAUGUAGGCUAUAGAAAAAGCAUGGGCGUAUGAACACCCCUUGUAAUAGCCUAUAAUGGUGUGUAUAUUAUGUAUAGUGUAUGUAAUCAGUAAGUGUUCCCUGGCG